UUUCUUCCUGAUCGAUGUGAUUUCUGCGAAGAUUUUUUAAAUUACGCUGUGUUUGCUUCUUUAUUCCUCUACCAGAAUGUCUUGUUGGGAAGAGCUACAAACGAAGUCGUAGAUCAGAGACAAGGUUAACACAAAAAGAAACGCUACUUCGUCGAAGAAAAAUAUAUCCAUUAUGAGUUCUGAAGGGCCGCCGCUUCGUUCUCAUCCAAGCUCAGAGCUUGAUUACUAUGACAUCGACGACAUACUGGCCACACAAGGAAGAAUUCCAUGUAAACUAGAAGCACAAGUUUAUAAUCUGGGCUUCUUAGAUCCUAGUUCUGAAGGAAGUGAUCUCCAGGCUGGAUCAAAACUCGAGCUUCCAUUCUGGCUGGCGAAAGAACUUUGCAACAGAAGAAGAAAAAUUGUUUCGGUGGACAUUCCUAAAGCUUACAAAGACGGCUACCGUGAGAUUUUUAAAGCUGACGCUAGUGUUGUGGAUCUUCAUCGAUUAGGACCGUAUUUUUACGAGUUUGGAACAAAGUUGCUACUUUUUGAUUUUGAAGAAAAUUCCCAAAUGGCUUCUUCCAUGCAGGAGACAUUCAUGAAGAGAUUUAGAAAAAUAAUGGAUUCAUCUCAGAAUGCUGCAAAUGAGGAUACCUCCUUGUUAACAAACAAGCUGGAGCACAUUGAAAGACAGGUGUUCACUGCAGGACGUAAGGGAGUGAAAGAAUUUCUUCAGUGGGAGGCUGGCAGAACAUCCAAACUUACAACAUCAGAGAAUGUGGUCAACCAUAAAAAACGCAAAAGGUCUAUGAUUGAGUGAAAUUUCACACCAGGCUGGGUCAACAAAGAGGUUUGGACAAUGCCUUAGAUUUACUGUGUUCUUAAUUGUACAAUCGUGAUUUAAAGGAGAAGUAUGCUCAAGAGAGCAUGUUAUUUUUAAUCUCUCCCCUAAAAUAUCUGAAAUUGACUUUGAAAGCAAGAAUUUUGUCUUUUUAUAAGAUAAGGCCUAUAAGCUGAUAGGUUUUUCUGUUCUUGUCACCUGUUAAGUGGAUUAAGUAUAAGCAUAGUGAAGAGAAGUUAUACUAGUAUGUAAUUUUGGUCCAUGAGGUAGAUGGUUGACUUAUGUUCACACCUUUUGAUGUACUGUUCUGUCCUCAUUUUUUUAAAGUGAGUCUGCUAAUUUAUUUUUUGCAGCCUAUUAGAUUUAAUAUACUUUAUUUCAUUCUUUCCCUCACUUUCCUUAAAUUAAUUUACUGUAAAUGAAUACGAUUAACAACUCUACCAUGGGAUCUGUAUAUGUUUUUGGCCAAACACAUCUUGAGAAACUAAUGAAUUUUUUGAAAAUCACCUAUCAGCCGUAGCACCAUUAUAACUAAAUGUGAAUAGGAUGUAACUUGGAACCAUCUACUUAUUUUUAGUAGACUUUUAUUGAACACAAACUUGUUUUAAACAAAACACUCUCUUGUAACAAAUAACAAUUAUUAGAAAUAUCACACGAAUCACAUACUGUCAACACCCAAAAGUGGAAUUUAUAAAUCUUGAAGUAAAUUUUUUCGUGAAUAUCUUAUGUACUGUUAUUUAAAUUGAUCAUUAUUCAUUAAUAUAGACACUACACUAAUUCUAGACAUUGAUCUGAGUUUUCUUUUAGAAUCUAAUUUUUACUUACUAGCUUUAAACCCUUUAACCCACAAGAUCUCAGGGGUAAUUCUUCCUACUGUCUACCAUGCAAUUCUAACUUAUAAGAUUAGUUCAGAUAAUUUAGUAUUGAAUCAACUAAGAAUUCCCUAAUUCAUAUUAUUCUUUAUUCCUUUUACUUUUCUGCUUAAUAUUGUUUAAAUAUCAUAAGGAGAAAUUCCUUCUUGGUCACUUGGGGAGUUGAAGGUUUAAAAAGACCUACAAAUCUUACUUUAUUGCGAGCUCACAACUACAUUUUGGUUGGCAUGGAGGUUGAUUAAGGAACAAGUCAGAUAUAUUAAUACCUCUACAAGAGACAUGUCAACAUGUCUCACUUUUUCAAUCUUUGUUCAGCUGAUGAUUUGAAGUUGAGGAUGUGGUACUGAAAUGGCUUGCUUCUUUGAGGGUAAAAUUUCACAGACCACAACAUCACCAACAAAUUGACCUUAAUUUUCUAUUUUUACUACACUACUUCUAUUGGUCAUAGAAAUGACAUAAACAGUGUUCAAAUCUCUAAAUACAGCUUUGCUCUGGGACUCUGCCCUCAAACUACUCAUAAACAAAUACAUUUUCUCCCAACUAGCCAUCAGCAUGAAACAGGAUUGGCAUCUCAAAUUUGCAAUUAGUUUGUAAGGUUAAAGUAGUUCUAAGAAAAUUCAUCCUUUCACUCCCAAGAUCUAAUUUCAAUUCUCCACAUUAUCUGCAAUACAUUUUUUAUGUUUCAGAUCUGAUUAUUUUUUGUGAAAUCAAAUUA